GAUAUUAGUCGGCAGUCAAUUUCCGCUUUAACCAUAUGAAACAGGAAGCGUGAGUUGUUUGGCGAAAGAUUUGUUUGUUAUUGUUAAAAUUAAACAUAGACUAAAAGAUGGAGCUUUUGAAAAAUGUUGUUGAUCUGCAGGAUAGAGAAGGAUUAGUGCAGGCUGCAAAGCUUUCGGAGCAAGCCGAACGAUUUGAUGAUAUGGCUAAGCUAAUGAAAAAUGUAACGGAAUUGUUGUCAAAGCCUCAAAAGGAAGGGGCUGAAGAACUUUCGACGGAAGAAAGAAAUUUGUUGUCAGUUGCUUAUAAGAAUGUUGUAGGUGCUAGGCGAUCAUCAUGGCGUAUGAUGUCAAUGAUUGAAGGAAAGGAGAAAGAUCAUUCAUCCGACAAGGCUCAGUUAGUGCAGAAAUACAAAAAAGUGGUUGAAAAAGAACUUGACGACAUCUGUGACGAAGUUUUGAAUUUGUUAGAUAAGUAUCUGAUACCUACAGCUGUAUCCAUUGAAAGUAAAGUCUUCUAUUUGAAAAUGAAAGGCGAUUACUUUAGAUACCGUGCAGAAUACACCCCAGAGGACAAGAGGAAAGAGGUUCAAGAUGCCGCGGAGGCCGCUUACAAGGAGGCAAUGGAAGCAGCCGAACAAAAUAUGCUUCCAACUCAUCCUAACAGACUUGGCUUAGCAUUGAAUUUCUCAGUGUUCUAUUAUGAAAUUCAGAGUGCCCCGGACAAGGCUUGUAGUCUAGCAAAGGCCGCGUUUGACAAUGCAAUAGCUGAACUGGAUAAUUUAGACCAAGAGUCGUAUAAAGACAGUACAUUGAUAAUGCAGUUGCUAAGAGAUAACUUGACACUCUGGACAUCUGACUCGCAACAAGAUCAAGAGCAAGAAGCAGAUAAUUGAAAUGGCUCCAUAUAACUGUCUAGAUUUGUAUUCAAGUUAUGUUGUAAGACAAUAUGAUGGACAUAUUCCUCUGUUCUGGUGGUGAACUACGUCAAAGCAUAGUUGAUACAAAGAAAAUGAAGAAAAUGAUGAAUAGUGAUAAAAUUGAUGUUUAAUAUAAAAUCCAACCCAGAUUGUGUGACUGUCGAUUUCGAUUCCAAACUGCAUUGUUUUUAAUUUCAUGGCGUUUUAUCUGUGACUUAAUGACACUCGUGACUUGAAAUGUAGACUGGCAGUAAAAUUUGUACUCAAACUUUGUAACAUUAGAUUUGACUUUAUUGUUAUAAAAGAAUUUCUUUGAUGUGUAAAACAUUCUCUCUGAAAACUAAUGCAAAAUGCCUAUAUUUGUUAUUGUUUUUUAUUGUGAAGAAUGAAAAAAAGGUUUUAGAAACAGAUUACUUUUGUACUUUACUUUAUGUGCAGAAUUUUAUAUGCUUGUGCAGAAGAGUUGUACUUGUUCUUGAGAUUCAUCAUUAAUAUGUGAUCAAACCUAAGAUUUUAUGCUAGAAUGGCGAAAUUAUAAUUGCACGUUAGUCUUAGAUACAUUUCAUGGUGUCUGUACGGGUCAUGUCUGUACUGGGUAUUUCAUUCGAGCGGUUUCUAUUAUUUAUUAUGAACAUUGUGUUCACUGCCUUUUUGUUAGAACAGAAUGAUUGAACAUUGUGAAAGAACAUGUUUCCACUUUUCACUUUUUUUUUUACUGAACACAAGCUGAAUAUUUUUGAGAUUUUGUACACAUUGAUUUUUAUUGUACUGUACUUGCAUUAUUUGUUUAUGUGUUAAGUUUGUCCGUUAUUACUGUUCUGAAUAUUGUCUAACUCACAUUUCUUUUUUUUACACUACUUUUUUUCAACUUGCCAGUUUUGUAAAAUCCAGUUAGUGCUGCAGAUCUGUAUUUUUUUGUUAAAAUUAACUUGAGUAUAUAAUUAUGAUACUGUUGUGAUCCAGUCAAACUUACUAUGGCUUACACAUGCAUUUUCAAUAGUUUAAGGAUAAGGUUGUCUCCUAAUUUUGUUGAACAUUCAUUUCUUAAUGGUAAGGCCUCUGUAAUGAGGUGACAGGGUUAUUUUAUGGGUAAUAGAAAAUGCAAAUUUAGAUACAGUCAAGUUUUGCAGAUUCAUCUCUUUUUAAUGUACAUGACUAUUAUAUAUAUAAAAUCCUAUUACUGCUUAUGUACUCUUUGUUAGUUCUGAACUUGUUGCAUGUUUUUAUUAUGUAUCUGGCCUGUGGAAAUUAAGAUAAGGAAGUUACUUGAUUUUGUCGAACUAUUAAUAAAAGUUUAGUUUUGCUUAAUGAAAAACAUGUCACCUUUUUUUCAAACAACUGAAAUCAUGUUAAUUUUAGUGUUAUUACUAUAAUUAUUUGCAUGUAUUUUUCACAAAGGUUCGCAUAUAAGCUUAAUAUUAUUGAAGGAUAAAAAUCAUGUUUUACAAAUAUAUUUUUCAAUAACAUAGCGUUGCUGAAGAAGUGCUCAUUUUUUUUAAGCAUGAACAUUUUUGCUCCGUUUCCUUGUUUAAAAAUAAAUAUGAUUGUAAUCUCCUAAAGUUGGACAUAUGUAUAUGAAAAAUUUUAACAUCACAAAUUUAAGGCUUUAAUUAUAUAAAAAAAAUAAAAUGAUAAAACAUAGACAA